CUCCGCUUGAGAAGAGCUAGUUUUUUCUCUUUAGGGUCCCAGUCGCAGGUCUAACAUGAGAAGAAUAACAGUAUCAGCGCCCGGGAAAGUGAUUUUACACGGAGAGCAUGCUGUUGUUUAUGGAAAGAAAGCUUUAGCAGCAAGUUUAAAUCUCCGUACCUACAUGUGUGUGACCAAAAGGGGAGAUAACCUCAUUAACCUUCACUUUCCUGAUAUUGAAUUGAAGUUGUCCUUGCCAUGUGGAAUUGAUGUAUCAGGAAAUAAUACUAAAAAUGGUGAUGUUACAAGUCCUAUUCCUGCCUCUGAUGACGUUAUAGAAACACUAAAGAAGUUAUCGGGUUUAGAUGUGGAUGCUUCACAGUCUCAGACUUUAGCUGUUGUAUCAUUUCUGUAUGUUUAUACAGAGAUAUCAAAGGCAAGCAAAAGUCCAUUGCCUGGCAUUGAUGUUGGAGUACAGUCGGAGCUUCCUAUCGGAGCUGGCCUAGGGUCCUCUGCCAGCUACUCUGUCUGUUUAGCUGCUGCACUUUUACAGCUAGGAAGCCACAUUAAUGAAUCCAAAUUUAGUUCAAAUACAGAAACUGACACAUUAUAUCAGUCUUCAUGGAUGCACAAUGAAACCGAGCUGAUAAAGAAAUGGUCAUAUAUAAGCGAAAAAAUUAUGCAUGGAAACCCCUCAGGGGUGGACAACUCUGUGACAACAUUUGGAGGGGCUAUAGAAUUUAGGAAAGGAAAUAUUACCAAUUUAUCCCAAAUGCCAGAGAUAAAGAUUUUGUUGGUAAACACAAAAGUUCCAAGAAGUACCAAGACAUUGGUGUCUAAUGUCAGAACCAAAUACGACAAGUAUGGUGAUGUCAUAGGUUCCGUAAUGGAUGCUAUUGACGCUGUGACAACAAGGAGCAUUGACACUUACAGUAAUCUUUUGGACAAUGGUCAUUCUUCUCCAUCACUCUACAAGGACCUCGGGGAACUUAUAGAUAUCAACCAGGGUCUCCUUAGAACUCUUGGGGUCAGCCAUUCUAGACUGGACCGAGUGUGUGAGGUAACUACAGCCCUUGGUCUCCAUGCUAAAUUGACAGGUGCUGGUGGUGGAGGAUGUGCUUUUUGUCUUAUCACACCAGGAACGCCAAAGUCUGAUGUUAAGGAAGUGAUGUCACAACUGAGAGCUGAAGGAUUUGAAUGCUGGGAAACAAAUAUAUGUGGACAAGGGGUGAUCAGACAUUGGACUCAUAGUGAAUAUUAUAACAUUCCUCCUGGAUUUUUACCAGAAUAAAUACUGCAACAGAGAAAUGAAGUAUGAAAAGUGAAAUGAAAGAAGGAAGAAAAUGUGUUUGAUAAAAUUUCUAAAUAUGAAAGGAGAAUAAAGAAAUUUUCAUAUA